AUGUCCCAACACAUGACCAUGGCGCCUCCUGCCACCACCCCGUACCAACAGACACACCCACCAACCUUACCGCCGCCGGGACCCGGGCCGCCUCCUCUCGCUCACCCUCACACUCCGACCCAUCAUCACACCGUACACCCUACGCUCCCACCUCCUCACCCACACCUCCAUGCCCACGCCCCUCCUACCAGCCUGGAUCCCUACCAGCAGCAGCACCACCAUCCUCCUCCGGCUCACAUGCAGCCUCCUCACCUGGCCGCCGCUCGUCCUCCGCCACCCCUACAUCCCACUCACCCGCCGCCCCAGCAUCACCACCAUCCGCUUCACCACCAUCAUCCCCAUGCUUCGCCGCACCGGUCACCACCUGGUCCUGAAGACGGAGGACCGGUGAGACAGGUUGUCGCCACGACUGACCUGGCCCAGGCUCAGCACCGCCAGCCCACGCCCGUGUCUCAUCAUGAGCCAGCUACUGGACGCAGAUACCAGGACAUCGACUACUCCAGGUUUGUCCUCCAGGUGGACCUCUGGGAUGAGCACGGGACACAGGAGAUCAACCUCUGUCGGAACAACUCGAGCGCCAGCGGACCCCCCGCCUCGUCGGCCAGCAGCAGCUACUCGUACUCUCCCCUUGCGGGCAGCGAGGCACGCUACCCUCCACCGCAGCAGCAGCAGCAGCAGCAGCAGCAGCCGCCGCCACCCGGGCAGCAAGCACUGCCUCCCAGCCGGGACAUGACCUACGGACAGUCAUCACCCAUGGGAUACUCGCAGCAGCCAGACUAUCAGUACAGCCAGGUGACGACACCCUCUUACACCCCUCCCAGCACGACCUACGGCCCUCCGCAGCAGUACUUCCCCGCCCACCAGGCCACGGCUCGGUACGAUGCCGGGCCGCCGCCGCAGGUGAGCUACAUGGACAGUCCGGGCCCGAUGGUGUCGUACGUCAACGACCACAAGACGCCGUGGAGCCGGAACCUGAUUGGCAGCGUGGCGGCCAGCGCGUUCUGCCUCGUCGACACUCGCGGUCGUGAGGGUAUCUGGUUUGUCCUCCAGGACCUGAGUGUUCGACUAGAGGGGAAAUACAAGCUCAAAUUCUCCUUCGUCAACAUCUCCCGCCCCGGUCCCGGUACAGGGCUGAGGGACAGACCGGCCACCAUGAUCAACAGGGGCAGGACACCGAUCCUAGCGUCAUGCUUCAGCGAGAGCUUCCAGGUCUUCUCGGCCAAGAAGUUCCCGGGUGUGUGCGAGAGUACACCUCUCAGCAAGACGUUUGCGGGGCAGGGUAUCAAGAUUCCUAUCCGCAAAGAUGGGGGUAAAGGAGGGGAGGAUGAUGACGACUGA